AUGCGCCGCCAGCAGCCGCCCGCCAGCCCGCCGCGCCGCGGCUCGGCCGCGCCUCCGCCCUCGCCGCCGCAGACGCUGUCGCCGCCGCUGUCGCCGCAGCACCGCCGGCCCAGGCCGGGGGCGGCGCCCGGCUUCUGCGGGAGGGCGGCGUUCACCCCGGCCGCCCCCGAACCCACCGCGGCUGCAGAGCCGCCGCCACCGCAGCCGCGCAGCCCGGACGCGCUGCCGGGCGCGGCCGACGGCGGUGGCGGCAGCGGCGGCGGCGACGACGGGGAGCGGCUGGUGCGCGAGUGCGAGCAGUACCUGAGCAGCCACGAGCUGCGCGCGCGGGGCCCGCCGGACUGCGGCCGCUCCGGGUCGGCGUCGUCCCUGUCGGAGGGCGGCGGCAGCGGCGGCGGCGCAGGGAGGCGCGCGUCCACCUCGUCGCUGCCACCGGCCGACGCGGCCGCCGUCAAGCGCAGGCGCAACCUGGUGGGCCGCUGUGUGAGCAAGGUGCGGUCGCUGAUCCGCAAGUAGCCGGGCCCGGCCCCACCCCCGCCCUGUACAUACCGCGCCACGGACUCACUGUACAUAUGGACACUGUUUGUGACGGAGCGACACUCGAACGUCAGUGUAACCAAAUGAGCUAUUUUUAUUUCUAUUGCUGUUAAUUGUAUUUUACCAAAGGUAAUUUAAAGUAAUCGCUGCGAGGGCAGCUUCAAUAAAAUACUUCGAGUCGUU